AAAAUUAGCCUGUAAUCAACAGCAUAAUUCUGAUUACGAGCAUCACAUAGCAUGCUCCCAUUCAGUAACCAUUGCGUGUACAUAUUUUAUAAUUGUACUUUCCGGACAUUGACAUGUUACUAAAAAAAUCCCUUCCACCGAAGUUGUCCGCACUGCAGCGUCGAAUCGAUCGCGCCACCACGCAUGCGCAAAUAAACGACGUUUACGUCAGUGGUUGUAGAGCGCGGGUGGGAAGUCGACGACAUGCCGAAACCGACACCCGUCGAAGAUCUCGUGGUCCCUCCGCAGGACACGAAAAUAUGCGGAACCAUCUGCAUCUGCCAGAUGACAGCUGUCCUCAGUGCAGUGUCACUGGUAUACUUAACAGUCGCGAUCUACAUGCCGUACACAAGAGCCAUCGCGUCCGGGAUCGACCCUACCCCUAUUAUGUGCACAACAACAAGGGCAAUUAACAAAGACAACUGUGACUGGGGCUCCUGCGGUGAAUGGUGUCUCAGCAAGACCUCCGGCGCCUGCAUCCAGAUCUACGUCAAUGUGAGGAAGAAUGGCACGUCUUUACUACUGUCUGAAUGUGGAAGUGCUGCGAACAAAACAUGCUUCGGUAUCGACCAAGAGAAUGCCAAGAAGUACCACUGCAUCAGGGACGAAUGUAGAAACUUGACAGGGACGUUCAACUGUACUGAAGGAAAAUGUAUCAACAUAACAGACGCUUUCGAGUGCGCCUUCAGAGAAACAGAUCCACCUUUAAAAUGUUCUGGGAGAAGAGGGAAAAUAACUUGUAUAGACGUACACGGACUAUUUUCUUGUAACAGAGGCACUUGUAGAAAAAUAAGAACACCUUAUAAUUGUGAUCGUAGAUGCGUCGACAUUCCUACCCGUAAUAAAAACGUGAUAGUAUUGAGUGGGGACAGAGUGUUUUUAGCAAGAUGUGCGAAGUUAGUUCAAGAAGAAAAUAACGAAGUGGUUUGGACUGACUCUGGUGAAGAAGUGCUAAUGUUAUCGUGUCACGCAGUUCACAACGGAACGCAAGGAGUAGUUGCCGUAGAUUGUAUCAACGCCGCUUUACUUCCGCGCGUAGAUAUUGCUGACCUGACGAACUUCACGUACCUUCAAUAUUUAUACCAAUCUAGAGCGACACCCAAUCGUGUGAUUGCUCCUUCUGAAGUUGAACUAACUUUAGCGAAUGACAGCCGUUUGAUGAUAAACUUAGAAGGAUGUGUAAACACUCUGGCUGAUGAAUGCAAAGAAUUUUUGAAGGACUAUGGGCGCGAUGGAACUGACCACAACGCUAAAGCACGCUUCCCUUGCUUUUACAUGGAAAAUAGCCCUGACACGGUUGUGGCCAGAUUUGAUCUAGAAACUACGUACCGUCAAUUCUUAGUUGCUUUGGUUCUGCCAACAGUAUUGGUCGUGGUGUCUUGUAUAACUUUAAUGUUGUGUCAACGGACCAUUGAAGUUGGUGAUGACGCUAAGAUGAGAUUUAAGGGGUGCGCUGGCGGUCAAGCCGAUAUGCAGCUGCAUCCAAACGAUCCUGUUUCUCCACUCUGAGAUCAGUCACGCGUUCCCCUCCUCUGUGAGGGUCCGGCUAGUUCAUUAAGAGACGACUAACCUGCUUGCAAUGCUUUCUACUGGCUGACACUCCCUCCAGAUGUCUACUAUGAGCAGAUCUAGGGCGAGCCUUUCUCCAGCAGCCUCAGAAAGGUCGACGCUGCCUAUGGGAGCGUCUGCCGAACCAGGCAGCCCAGACUUCAAGUCUUUGGAACAACCGACGAGGGAGCAGCUUCUAACCCACUUUUUUGAAAGAUUCAAGUUUUACACAUCACUUUGUCUAGGAACAUCAGCCAUACUCGCAGUCUUCGCUUUCCUCUUCUUGAUACCUUUCGUGGUGGAACCUGCUAUUCAGACAAUACUAGCAGAGUUCGUGCCAGAAGCUGGUAUCUGCUCUGUCUCUGAACAUGUGCACGCCGAGACCUUGACCAAUUGCACCUGGGCGUCAUGCAGGGAAGGAUGCACGACUGCCCACACUAAAUGUCAUAAGAUACGUGUAAAUUUAGCUAGAAGACCGUUUGUAGAAAAUGCACCAGUGCCGACUGAAUGGGAUGAGACUGAUCUAAAGUUUCUGAUAAACCCUGAAGGUUGCGGUUAUCCUCCACGGGUUAAUUGUUCGGUGUUUGCAAGUGAUUAUGCGGGCCCAAGAGCUCCGAAGAUUUUCCCUUGUUACUAUAGUUUGACUAGGUCAGACCUGGUGGUGGCGAGGUACUCGUGGGAGUCGACGGUGCGAGGGUUGAUCCUGGCUCUGGUGCUGCCGACGACGGUGUUCGUGUUCAGCCUGAGUGUGCUCGCGUACUGGCACUGUCGCUGCUGUGACAGGGCGUGUAACAGACGGGUGCACGCCGAAUCCUUUGCGAGUAAAGAAGACAGCAAACUGUUGUGCGAGUUGGACGACGAUCCUAGUGAUGAUGUGUUCUGACGCCGAGCUUCAGCUGCCCGCCGCCGCGCCCCCCAACGGAAACCUGAAGGUUACGCACAACUCUAAACUGGGUGAAUAGAUGAAUACUCUAGGCCUAUGAAACAAAUAGCAUAGACGUUAGUCAAAUCGGAACAAUAGAAAGUCAACAUAAAGUUUCUUGAGAGUA